GGGCGCGGGGCCAGCCUGCAGAGCCCGCGGAGCGCCUGCGGGCAGUGGUGUGCGUGUGGCAGCGGAGCAGCGUGUGCGGCCUCGGCGAGCGGAGAGGCCCCUGCGGCGCAGGUGGAGCCCGGCCAGGUCACCUUUACAAACAAACAGCUGUCUUCUUCCAUCUGGCCUGUAUGGUCUGCAUCUGUAGCCUGGUGUUGAGAUGCCCUCUUGAGUGACUCCGGCACGGUGGGAAGGAAAAGAGAAGCACAGCCGUCAAGAACCAGUAAUGAUGAAUGGUUCCAACAUUGCCAAUACGACGACGUCCAACACGAAAUCCAAAGACGAGCAGGUUGUAAACGGGCACGAUGAGAAGGAGAACAACCCUUUCGCAGAGUACAUGUGGAUGGAGAAUGAAGAGGAUUUCAACAGACAGGUGGAGGAGGAGCUGCAGGAGCAGGACUUCCUCGACCGCUGUUUCCAGGAGAUGCUGGAUGAAGAGGACCAGGACUGGUUCAUUCCAUCACGCGACCUGCCCCAGGGCAUCGGGCAGCUGCAGCAGCAGCUGAAUGGCCUCUCGGUGGGCGACAGUUGCAGUUCAGAGGAUAUUUUGAGCAAAAGCAACUUGAACCCCGACGCCAAGGAGUUUGUUCCUGGAGUGAAGUACUGAACCUUCAGGCAAACUUUGAACAGACUGUGUCCCUGGCUUUUGGAGUGGGAGAGGGGGGUGGGAUAGGAUCCAGGCUAGAGUUGAACUCGGCACGUGAAUGGAGUCGCCGCGAUGCAGGGAAAUCUUGCUCUAUAAGCUUAUCGGGUACCUUUUUGUUUUUCCUUUAUAGCAUCUCUUGUUUGGGCAGGCGGCUUUCUGGGACUCGGAGCCCUGCGGGCUUAUCUUGUGACUGCUACUCCAUCGACAGCCAAGUCCAGGUGUGUGCUUCAAACCAGCUAGCAGAGGCCAUUUUUGAAAGCAGGUUUCCUGCUCUCCUUCCCAUCCACAGCAUGCCAGGAAAUGCUGUGGGGAAGGGUGGGGCUUAGGGAAGGAUCCGGAUUGGGUACGCUUCAUAUUUCCAUUCAGCAGGGAUUUCAGAAAAGCUGAAGCGUAAUGAGGCUGCGACUCAAAUCCUUCCAGCUUGCUGGAUUUCCCAGCUUUCCUCUGGAAGCACAACAAACGCCCUUCCUUUGCGUGCACCGACCCCUAGACUGGGUAACUCUCUGCAGACCAGGAGAGAAGUCCGGCCUGCUUUUCUUGUUGGUGGAAGUUCUCAAGCCAGGGAGAUCAGAUCGGCAAGAGGCCAAGCGACCACUGGGGAAAUGGCUCCUUCUACAGAAUGUCCAUUCGCCUUGGCUUUUUGUUUCUGUUCUUGGGCUUAUUCAGUGCUGCAGGCUGCCCCUCUGAAACCUCCAGCAUCUGCUGUUUACAAAUCACUAGGCAAAGUGACCCACCUUUUGGCGUAAACGAAAAACAAACCCAAAGGGAACUAAAAUGCUCCCCACUCCCCAGCAUGCUGCUGAACGGCUCUAUGGGGAGUUGUGUUCCAGCUCACAUGGCAAACCCUCCUUGGAGAGGAGAACGAUCCAUCCACGUCUGGUGCGCUCCUUAUGGGCCCCAUCCUGCACGGUGCAGUGCUCCCCUUAGAAGAAGAUACUCAGCAGCUUGUAAGAUCAGGCCCUGGCUAUUUGGCGUGUGGUCUGUCUGCUCCCUGGGCAUGCCCGAGUGUCUCAUGAGAAUGCUUCCCUGGCUUGAGAGAAGCAUUGGGGCUGCUGGUCAUCACCUUCCCCGGACAGGAAGGGCCUGGCUUGAUGUCCUGACUUGUGCCCCACAAUUUGCCUCUUGCCAUGUGAGAUGCUCGGUGGGUGUGGAGGCAAAUUUGGCUUUUGAUAACGAAUGCUUUGAGCUGAUGAGAAUUGUUGGCAAACAAACCAGAGACUCCAGGACACCUGUGGGAACCAGCUGGGAGCAGGACACUCUGCCCAUAUUGUCAGCCAGUGUUUUUGAAUGGUCCCAUGGUUCGGGAUUUAACCAUUGGGCUUGGGGGAGUGUCUCAGCAGUGGUACGGUCCCCUCAGAAUUUAGGCAUCCAGGUAUUUAGAGAUUAAAAGCAUCCUGGGUUGCAGGAGUUGAUGUCUCUUCUGAAGCCCUCCAAGCCACGGUUAGACACAUGGUCUGGGAAACACAGGAACCUCCUGUAACAGGAAGGGAUUUCCAGCCUCAGACUAGUCUGGAGGAGUGGGAAGAGCAAGUCCCCUGUGAGCUGUCAGAUGGACUUGCUGGGGCCAUAUGGAAGGCUGGGGAACCUUCAGCAUAAAGGUGAGGGAGCAGCUUUUAGGAGGCAUUGCCCACCACCUUGUCCUUGGGCUGACGGAGGGCCUGCAGGAUCAAGCUCUCUCUAGAAGCAGAUACCAGGAAUUUUCACAUGAGCUGGUAAACCGCAGGCCCAGCUCCAUUUGUAACAGACACGCUCACAGCUUCCCUCUCCUCUGUGCCAAGCCGGAGCCAUCUCCUCUUGCAGCAGGAGGCCAGGAUCCAGGCUUCAGCUUCCCCAAAGCAGAGCCCCAGCCUCUUUUGGGUUUUAAACCAUCUUCUGGGAGGUUGGUGGCUUCCUCCUUCUGGGAACCAAGGUCCGCAACCUCCGCGCCAGGUGGACCCAGCUGUCUCUCAGUGAGGUUGCCUAGGCUGACGCUUGCUUUUUUUACUACAUCUGGCCUUGGUGAAGUAGACUGGGGUUCUCUGCUUUGUCCAUGUACAACACAGGCCACAAACACCCAGCUUCAGAGUGCGACCAGGUUUUUAAUCUCCUCUCCCUGCUGCAGCUUUUUAUAUCGUCCCUUGGAACUUUUUCAGUAGAUUGGCAAUGGGGAUUCUGGAGUCCUUUCAGAUCUCACCUGGGCUGGAAAUUUAAUGACAUCAGAGAGCUGCCCACUGGCCUGUGUGAAGUGAGUGAGGUUCUCAGGCUGGUUCCCACUGACCUGGCAAACCCCAUCGCGCCUGUUGACAAUCUUAGAAGAAGGAUCCAUGGAGCAUGACUACCCCUUACGGCAUAGUUGAAGCACAUGGCAUUGUUGCUCUCUGUAUGGGACCUGCUUUGGGAUUAAACUGAGAGAUCCAAUCUCCGUGGCUGUCGGGCUGACGCCUUCAACCAGCACUAAACUCCCUUGUAAACUUCAUCCAGGAUCGGAAGUGGCUCAAACUGGAGUCUUACUGAAGUCUGCAGGUACCUGUAUGAAUAUUGCUACAUAGUGGCAGGAUUGGGCCUGGUUGUGUUGUGUCCUCCUGUUCUUGGGUACAACCGUUGCCUUUAGUGCCUACUUUCUGUUGCCCCAUCUAAAAGGGGUUUUUCCAUUAUCUGGAGCCAGAGCGCACGCCUUGCUACGCAUCUAGCUAUGAAUGGACUGUGGCACGGGAACAAAAAUGUUCAAAUCCCAGCUGCCCUUUGGAACAGCCCAGUCUUCUGGGUCAGCGUGGAUUCCACUGCCAUGAGAGAUUAAUGUCCACGUGACUGUGCGGGAGUGGUAAGGGUGGGCAUACAGGUCAAACUUCUUUUGUAUCACUGGUUGAGUUCUCAAUUCCCCACCACCACCUUGCUCUGGCUUCUUUCUGACUUUUGAAAACACUUUCUGAUGACGUGCUGUACAUUUUUAAGAUACGCAUUAUUAAAAAUAAAUCUUUUUGGA